UUCCCUCUUCGGCGCAUAGUCUCCUCUCCAACGAAGUCCAAUCAUCAUUUCUAUCUCUAUGGACUUCACGUUAUAAAAGACGUACUAUGAAGGAAGAUGAAGACCCCAGUUUUGGAGCCGUAAUCGGGACCAGAAAUUCCUCACCGCCUCCGCUCAACUUACGACGCAAAGACAGGAUGCGGUCGCUACUUCCCUUGACGAUACUCCAAGCGCUGUCCCUCUGCACAGGUUUCUGGGAGCGGCAGCUGGAGCCCAAGCUUUUCAUCGAGGAGUAUCCUCAUCAGAUGGUUCAAGUCUUCUCCAGGAGCAACGAAACCCACGCAUCGGCAGAGAGUCUACGACUGCUGCUGGUUGAAAGGGACAAUGUCCUCGUAGGGGGCAGAGACUACCUCUACAACCUGAGUUUGCGGACGCUUGAACAGCUCGGCAACAUCAGCUGGCCGUCGUACGGGGGCUUAGAUUAUGCGUGUCCCGCGCUACAAGCAAAAGUAGACCCUAACUGCGCCAACUACAUUCGAAUAGCAAAACGGAUUUCCCGCAAUGGCUUCUUAGUCUGCGGGACGAACGCGUACUCGCCACGUUGCCGAGAGUACAAAUACAGCGACACCGAGGGCUACACGUGGAAGACCGAGGUGGAUGGCAAGAACCUGUGUCCAUACAACCGCAACCAGUCUGCCGUGAUGCUGCUUCUCGGGAACCGCCAGAUCGCUGGCGUCUCGGCCCACACAACGCCCAAGAAGUUGCCCAUGCUGACUGGCAUGUCCCUACGCACAAAGUUGAACGACUGGAAGUACCUCAGCGCCGACGCGCAGUUCGUUGCGGCCUUCGCGGUCGAAGAGUACGCCUAUUUCUUCAUGACGGAGACGGCGCUAGAAAAGGAGAGCUGCGGUCGACGCGUGGCGUCCACGGUUGUCCGAGUCUGCGGCAACGACCCUGGCGGAGCGCCACCGCACGAAUGGAUGUGGACCACCUUCCAGAAGGCACGGUUGUGCUGUUCACUCAAUGGCACACAUCCUCUGGACUUCUCGCACAUCCAGAGUAUCAGUCCAGUACUGACUCGUUGGAACGACGCCUUUGUGCUGUACGCCGCAUUUAAUGUUCGUGACAGUCCCUUCGAGGCUUCAGCCGUGUGCGCGUUCAGCAUCGAAGACAUUGACAGAUCUUUCAGAGAUGGCAAAUCGAACCAGAGUGGGUGCAGUGGAAAGUCUCCAGUAGUUGCGAACUCAUCCACAACAUCCACGCCCCUUGAGCGGUACGACCCACUCUCUAAGGUUGAUGUGACCAACUACCUCAACAAACCCGUCCUGGCUCACGUUGGUUUCGACUACCGUUACACCAGCCUGACGAUAGACCCGCAAGUGCGUAGCGCUAAUGGAAAAAGGUACGACGUCUUCUUUGUGGGUACUAGUCACGGUCACAUAAUUAAAGCCAUCAAUAUAGGAGCUAAGGAGGUUUCCACGGUGGUCAUUGAAGACAUAGUGGUUUUCCCUGCCGAAGAGCCUGUCGUAGAGCUAAAGGUAGUACGCCGCCGCCAACUGAUGACGCUUUUGGCGACAUCACACGUCGAGGUGGUUUCCGUGCCGCUGGACAACUGUAACUGGACAGUACGCACGUGCACUCAGUGCGUGGGACUCCAAGAUCCUUACUGCGUGUGGGACAAAGCCACAGGAAAGUGUCGGUCCCUUGUGGACGGCGAACCUCCGAAAGGAGUCAUCCAGGAAGUGCUCACGGGACACAGCAUGGAGUGUCCAGACGAAUUCUCCAAACACUUUUCGAACAUGAAAUUGCCAAGCUUCAAUGAUCACUGGGGUGCAGACUCUGCUGCAAAAGGUAUGGCUCACCUGUACAGCGCAUACACACUAGGCUUUGCGAUCGCAUUUUCCAUCAUGGGUUCGAUCGUCAUCGGCUUUGGAAUCGGUUACUGGUACAGACACUACCAGAGAAAAGACAUGUCCUACUUUAACUACAGGUGAGCAAGCGAAGAAAAGACAAUGUAGCUGGUGCGUGACUACCAAUUUUAUUUCUCGUUGAUUUGGAACAGGUCACAUCCAAUACAAUGACAAUAAAAUGCCCAAAACUUGGGGGCCAAACAAUCCUCCCCACAUCUGGUUGUUUACGGAGAAAAAAAACAACAGGCCUUCGCUACCCAAGGUAAGACAAGAUUACAAUUUCUGGAGUAGAGGAUUCAGCCUUUUAAUCUGUGUACUUCGCGAAAUCGCCAGGCCCGCCCGGCACGUUUGCAUGUGACCCAUAGGAUCACCACAACCAGCUCUCACCAGGUUGUCUAUUAAUCUCAGGCCUUCCAAGAAGCAACUGGCCUUGCCUGUCUCCCCUAAACUUUGCCUGCACUCCAAAACAGAAUGCAAGCCCCGAAAAGAAA